UUUAUUUUUAUAUACCUAUCUAUCUCUCUCUUACAUUUUAUUUUUAUUAUUUUCAUCACUCACUCCCUCUUCUCUCUCUCUCUUUCUCUCCAGUUUGUUUUUCACCGUCUCCGAUGAACGUCCAAUAAACCCUAAUUUCGCUCUACUCUCUUCACUCUACAGAGAAAGUUGUGAGGAAAAUAAAUUACAAAGCGCAACAAAAUAGAGGGGAUCUAAGGGUUGGGAUAUAUGUCCUACAAUCAAUCGAGGCCGGAUAAGAGCGAGACGACACAGUAUAGGAAAUCCGAGAGGCGAUCCACGAGCUCCAAUCAGCAGCGGGGCUCCUCAGGCGCUUACGGUAAGGGCGGCGGGCCCGCCCCUUCUCCGUCAUACAAUCAAUCCUUCAACCGCAGUUUCAAGAAGAAUAACAAUAAUGUACAAGGAGGGCAAUCCCGGGCAAGCGUGCCCACUGUGAACUCAUCUUCGUCGGAGUCUAGUAAUCCUUCUACACCGCGUGGUACUGUUCUGCAGAAUGGUUCUCAUGUACAGCCCCAAUUACAUGGAGCAGCAUCUGAUGUGCUGGUUACAAGCACAGCUGCCAAGCCGGCUGAGAGUUUGGCUCCUCAGAGAAUCACCCGAGCUGUUCCGAAGGCUCCAACUUCUCAAUCUGCCUCCGUGAGCUCUGACUUGACAGCUCCCACAACACCCGCAAAGUCCCCCGGAGAUGCGUCCAAAGCAUUCCCCUUUCAGUUUGGGUCCAUAAGUCCUGGUUUCAUGAAUGGGAUGCAGGUUCCUGCUCGAACUAGCUCAGCGCCACCAAAUUUGGACGAGCAGAAACGAGACCAGGCACGCCAUGAUUCUUUUAGAUCUGUUCCUCCGUUGCCAGUGCCUCCGAUGCCAGCUCCUCCUGCACCUAAGCAGUUACCAAGAAAGGAUGUAGCUACUGCAAUCCAAUCUAAUACUGGGGAGGCUCAUUCAGUGCCCAAGGCAAGAAAGGAUGCACAAGUCUCACCUGCACCGCCAGCAAGCCAACCACAGAAACCAUCUGUUCAUCCUAUGAUUGGUAUGUCCAUGCAAAUGCCAUUUCACCAGCCUAAAGGUUCGGUGCAGUUUGGUGGCCCCAACCAACAGAUUCAAUCCCAGAGUUUGGCAGCUGCUUCACUUCAAAUGCCAUUGACUGGACCUUUAGCUAUGGGAAAUGCAUCCCAAGUGCAACAGACUAUGUAUGUUCCAGGUCUCCAACCCCUUCCCAUGCAGACUCAAGGACUCAUUCAUCAAGGCCAAGGGCUGAGUUUCACAACUCAAAUUGGUCCUCAGUUACCCCCUCAGUUGGGCAAUAUGGGAUUCAUGACUCCACAAUACCCCCAGCCAGGGGGGAAACUUGGUGGUCCUCGUAAAACUACUGUUAAAAUUACACAUCCAGACACACAUGAAGAGUUGAAUUUUGAUAAACCGGCAGAUUCCUAUUCAGAUGUUGGGUCAUCAGGCCCUAGGUCUCACCCUAAUGUGCCUCCUCAUUCCCAGCCUAUUCCAUCAUAUGGACCUACUCAUCCUAUUAACUUUUAUUCUCCCAAUUCUUACAAUGCCAGUUCUAUAUUUUCGACCCCAAGUUCUGUUUCUUUAACAAGUAGCCACGUACCACCCAAUUCUCAAGCCUCAAGAUUUAAUUAUCCAGUUCCCCAGGGUUCCCAAAACUUGGCAUUCAUGAAUCCACCUGCUCAUAAUCCCCUACCUGUAAAUAAGAUGGGGACCCAAAUGCAUGGUGUUGCAGAUCCACCAAACAUGGAACAAUCUCGUGAUGUACAUAACAUAAUCUCCUCUGCUCCAUCGACAACGACACCAGUUACAGUUAAACCUGCUGCUGGUUCUUAUAUUGGAGAAAAGGCUACAGACUCAUUGCUGCCAAAUAGUCCACGUGUUGAAAAGAUUGAAUCUCCUAAACUUGUGAGGCCAUCUGUGGAAUCUAGCUCAUCACAUUCUCAAAGAGAUUCUGAGAUUUGUUCAGAAAUAUCUUUACGGCAGCCUAAACCUAGCACUGAAUCAUUGGCGUUCAAGUCCUUGUCAGUGGAAACAAAUCAGCCAGUGUCAGUAUCAGAUGCUGGUCUUCCUGAGGGCCUUGUAUCUAAUCACUCUACUUUGGCUUCAGUUUCACCAACUGAGGAAUCUGCACCAGUUGUGCCCAAUAAUGAAGGCAGAAGAAGGGAAGCCAUUGACAGGUCAAACUCUAUUAAAGAUCAGAAAAAGCCAGGCAAGAAAGGACUUAUCCAAUCACAUCUGCAGGUUGGUAGCCAAUCUGCGUCAACCUCAGACUUGCCUUCUACAUCUUUUAAUGGUGGAGUUUCAGGAGCUGUACUGGCUAAAGCGAAUGCCACACCCGUGACUAAUGAAGUAGUUUCUUCAUCUCAGCAAUCGCCACCAACUGUUCCUGCUGCUGCUACUGAUGCUUCUGAAUUAAAGGUUGACAGUGUUGGCGAAGGUGUCACCAGUGUCUCAUCUGAAAUUUCUGGCGCCAGAAUAAUUGUUGAUACCUCUGAAACUGUUUGUCAUGCUAAUCUAGAUAAAUCCAAUUCUCAGGAUGAACAAUUAGCCCAUGAAGCUGCAGGAAAAGAUGAGCAAGGAGAAAGCAGAUUGCCUGAAGGGCCCAAACAUAUUAACAGUAGUCAGAUAUCUUCAGAACCUAUUCUGUUAAAAUCUUCUGAGGGAAAACAAUCUGGACAGGAGUCUGUUCUUAAGGAAAUUACUGCAAGUGAUGAGGUUCUAACUUUAAAGGCUGAACAGAGGGGGCUGGAUGAACCUGUGAGGUGUCCUACAGGAAUCGACAGGAUGACUGAUAAUCUAGAAAUUUUGAACUCCAAGGUUUUGGGUUCCACAGUUGGUGGAAGUCCUAAUGGUGAGAAGAUCUCAACUUUGGAUGCCUCGUCAAGCAGAAGCAAUAGCUUGGGCAGUAGUGAAAUUGUUACGGUAUCUGGUAUAUCAGAUCAGCAGUCUGCUCCCAUUAUGACACCUGAUCAAUUUGCAGAAGCUACUUCAAAACAUGGAGGGGAAGGUGCAGAGGACAUUGGUGGUUUGAUCUCUUCUGCAGCAUCAGGUUCCAAAGAUAAACCUGUCCCUGAUCUGAACAGGGCAAAGAGUACUGCUAAAGCAAAGAAGAAGAGAAAAGAAAUUCUUCAAAAGGCUGAUGCUGCUGGGUCAACGUCUGAUCUUUAUAAUGCAUACAAGGGCCCAGAGGAAAAGAAAGAAACUGUUGUGUCUACAGAAUGUACUGAGAGUACUUCUAAUGUGCAUGUGAAGGAGGCACCUGCUGAUGCUGUCGAAGUAGAUGCCAUAGCGAGUGAAAAGAGAGGACUGCUUGAAGCUGAACCUGAUGAUUGGGAAGAUGCCGCUGACAUAUACCCAAAAUUAGAAGUUUCAGAUAAUGGACUACAGAUCCAUGGAAGAGUGGAUAAUUAUGACAAUGAUGGAGAUGGAAUUACAGCCAAAAAGUAUUCCAGAGAUUUCCUCAUUAAAUUUUCGGAGCAAUGCACUGAUCUUCCAGAAGAUUUUGAGAUUUCAGCAGAUAUAGCAGAGGCUGUGAUGAGUGCUAAUUUCAAUAGCUCUCAUCUUGUUGAGCGCGAUUCAUACCCUAGUCCUGGAAGAAUCAUAGAUAGAGCGAGUGGGGGAUCUCGAACAGACCGCCGUAGUAGUGGCAUGGCUGAGGAAGACAAGUGGAGCAGACAACCUGGUAAUUUUGGGUCAGGGCGGGAUGUGCGUCAGGAUCCUGGUUAUGGAGGUAAUGCAGGUUUUCGGCCUGGCUCAGGUGGCAAUUAUGGUGUUCUCAGGAACCCACGUGGACAGACACCUAUGCAGUAUGCUGGAGGAAUGUUCUUUGGGCCAUCCAUGGGUCCUCAGGGAGGAGUGCCUAGAAAUAAUCCCGAUGCUGACAGGUGGUUGCGUGGUACCAAUAUUCAACAAAAAGGUUUAAUUCUCCCUCAGACUCCAUUACUGAUGAUGCACAAAGCUGAGAAGAAAUAUAAAGUGGGUAACGUGACAGAUGAGGAACAGGCAAAGCAAAGGCAAUUGAAAGCUAUUUUAAACAAGCUUACUCCUCAGAACUUUGAGAAACUUUUUGAGCAAGUAAAAGCGGUUAAAAUUGACAAUGCAAUGACUCUUACUGGCAUCAUCUCACAGAUAUUUGACAAAGCUUUAAUGGAGCCUACUUUCUGUGAGAUGUAUGCCAAUUUCUGUUGUCAUCUGGCUGUGGAGUUGCCUGAUUUCAACAAUGAAGAAAAUGAGAAGAUAACUUUUAAGAGAUUGCUUCUGAAUAAGUGCCAGGAGGAAUUUGAGAGAGGGGAAAGAGAGCAAGAAGAAGCUAAUAAAGCUGAUGAAGAGGGUGACAUCAAGCAGUCUGCAGAGGAAAGAGAAGAGAAGAAAGUUCAGGCUCGGAGACGAAUGUUGGGUAAUAUUAGAUUAAUUGGGGAGUUGUACAAGAAGAGAAUGUUAACUGAGCGAAUAAUGCACGCAUGCAUCCACAAGUUGCUGGGCCAGUAUCAGAAUCCUGAUGAAGAAGAUGUUGAGGCUUUGUGCAAAUUGAUGAGUACUAUUGGAGAGAUGAUCGAUCAUCCCAAAGCUAAAGAGCAUAUGGACGCAUAUUUUGAUGGAAUGAAGUUGUUAUCUACUAAUAUGAACUUAUCUUCUAGGGUCAGGUUUAUGUUGAAGGAUGCAUUGGAUUUGAGAAAGAAUAAAUGGCAACAGAGAAGGAAAGUUGAAGGGCCAAAAAAGAUUGAGGAAGUGCACAGGGAUGCUGCUCAAGAACGGCAGGCACAAUCCAACAGGUUGAGCCGUGGGUUAAGCAUGAACCAGUCAGUCAGGAGAACACCUAUGGACUUCGUUCCAAGAGGAUCAACAAUGUUGUCUUCCCCAAAUACCCAGAUGGGUGGUUUCCGUGGAGUUUCUACUCCGGUUCGUGGGUAUGGCAAUCAGGAUAUUCGGUUGGAGGAAAGACAGCCUUAUGAGGCUAGGAUGUUGUCAGUUUCCUUGCCUCAGAGGCCAACAAUGGGUGAUGAUUCUAUUACUCUGGGACCUCAAGGUGGCCUUGGGAGAGGAAUGUCAAUCAGAGGAUCACCAUCAAUUCCAAGUGCUGCUGUAGCUGAUGUAUCUCCAGCCCCUGCAGAUUCCAGAAGAAUGGCAGCUGGUUUGAAUGGUUACAGCACUGCAUCAGAGCGGACAACAUAUGGCACAAGGGAGGAUCUCAAUCCAAGAUAUAAUUCAGAUAGAAUUGCAGCUCCAGCUGCUUAUGACCACUUGAGUUCUCAAGAGCGUAAUGUGAAUUAUGGUAACAGAGACCUGAGGAAUCCGGACCGGAGUCUCGAUAGAUCUCUUGCUACAUCACCACCUGCACGAGGGCAGGGUGCAACUUCUCAAAAUGUCCCUUCAGAAAAAGAGUGGCCUGAAGAACGCCUUCGGGAAAUGUCCAUGGCAGCAAUUAAAGAAUUUUACAGUGCCAGAGACGAGAAAGAAGUUGAAUUUUGCAUCAAAGAUUUAAAUUCCCCGAGCUUCCAUCCCUCAAUGGUAUCUUUAUGGGUCACAGACUCUUUUGAGAGGAAGCACAUGGAAAGGGAUCUUUUGGCUAAGCUUCUAGUCAAUCUUUCGAAGUCUCGGGAUGGCCUGUUGAAUCAAACCCAGCUCAUUAAAGGGUUUGAAUCUGUUCUGACUACUCUGGAGGAUGCUGUAAAUGAUGCCCCAAGAGCACCAGAAUUUCUUGGUGGCAUCUUUGCCAAAGUCAUUACAGAAAAUGUGAUCCCUUUUAGAGAGAUUGGGCGGUUAAUACAUAAAGGUGGAGAGGAGCCGGGUCACCUUCUGGAAGUUGGGCUUGCAGCAGAUGUUCUUGGAAGCAUCUUGGAAAUAAUAAAAUCGGAGAAAGGGGAUUCUGUCUUAAAUGAGAUGCAGGCAAGCUCCAAUUUGCGUUUUGAGGAUUUUCGGCCCCCAGAUCCUAACAGAUCGAGGAAAUUAGAUAAAUUUCUUUAGGGGAUUUUGAUGCUCAUUGUAUCUUGCUAGGGAAAAAAAAAAAAGAAAGAAAGAAAGAAAAAUUGUUCUGUAGUAUGUUAGGCUACUUAUUAAAUAAUAUUUUUCUGUGGGUUGGUAGGGAUCUAUAUAUGGGGUGUUUUCCUUUUCCUUGUCCUAAUAUUAUUCUUGAAAUGUUAACUGCAAUUAUGAAAGGUUCAAUUGAGCAUCGGAAAAUUUUUUAGUUUUCCAA